GCCGUCGAGCCCCGCCCGCCGGGUGUCCCCGGCCGCCCCCGCCGCCCGCACCAUGUCCGACGCUCCCGGCGUCCCCGGGGACGUCUGCAGCCUCUUGGCAGAUGUUGAAACAUUUGUUUCCCAAACACUAAAAGGAGAAAAUCUAUCCAAGAAAGCAAAAGAAAGGCGUGAAGCUCUUCUUAAGAAGAUAAAAGAUAUUAAGACAAGCUAUCCUCAAGAAUUCCCGGAGAAAGAGCUGGAAGAUGACGAAGAGUCAGAGAACUCUCUUUCUUCGCCUCCUGAUAGCGUCUCAAUAGCAUCUGACCGAUAUGAUAAAGAGGAUGAAGCCCCUUCUGAUGGGAAUCAGUUUCCUCCUGUUGCAGCUCAGGAUCUUCAGUUUGUUCUGAAGGCUGGAUACCUGGAAAAACGUAGAAAAGACCACAGUUUUCUUGGCUUUGAAUGGCAGAAGCGUUGGUGUGCUAUCAGCAAGACAGUCUUCUAUUACUAUGGAAGCGACAAAGACAAACAACAGAAAGGUGAAUUUGCCUUAGAGGGCUACACCAUCAGAAUGAAUAAUAGCCUUCGGAAGGAUGCGAAGAAAGAUUGUUGUUUUGAAAUCUCUGCUCCAGAUAAGCGCAUUUAUCAGUUUACAGCUGCCACUCCCAAAGAAGCAGAGGAAUGGGUACAGCAAGUCAGAUUUGUAAUUCAAGAUACAGGAUCUAAUGCUAUUCCUGAGGAGGAAGAAGAGGAAUAUGAUGAUGUUGGACAAGCAAACAGUGACCUGAUAGAUGAUAGCAUUUAUGAAGAAGUUAAAGAAGAACGUCUUUCUUCAAAAGCUGAAGUGCCAAGCAAUGAGAGGCAGGAGGAAGUUACCACUGUUUCAGAUAGCGAAAAUACCGAUUAUGCCAAUUUCUAUCAAGGUUUGUGGGACUGCACUGGAGAUGAAGCUGAUGAGUUGACAUUUAAACGUGGUGACGUUAUCUACAUUAUCAGCAAGGAGUACAAUAGAUUUGGCUGGUGGGUAGGAGAAAUGAAGGGAACCAUUGGCUUGGUGCCUAAAGCCUACAUAAUGGAGAUGUAUGAUAUUUGAGAGGCCUGGGAGAAAUCUGCACUUGAAAUGAAGAGUGGUGUGCAGCUGCAGUUUACAGAGCCAGCCUCUGGAAGACAAUUCUGCUGUACAUGUUUUGCGGUUUCAGCGAAUGUAGUCAGAUCAUUGCCUCGUGUACAUUAAACAUUAUAAACUGUAAUUGAUCAUAACUUUAUGGAAAUGGUCUGCUUAGGCACUUUUUAUAGAAUUUUAAUGCUAGGAAAUUAAUAGAUGGUAAUUAACAUAUGGGGCACAAGCAGCCAUAUAGUUCCUGUUGCUCUUUUUUGAACAUGUCAGCAGCACUCUGUAUAGCUGUAGGUUGGUGUUCUCUCAGGGAAUUUUGCUAUCUUUUCCUGUUCUGCAGAUUCACAAAAAUGAUGCAGAACUUUGAGGGUAAACUCUUACUCAAUUCAUGCAUUCAUUAAUCUUUUAAUGCUCACUGUUCAUCAUGUGCAGUUUUAUCAGAAAGUUGAGGGAAAUUUAUGUAUAUUUCAAGUCUAUAUUUCAAGUCUUCAGGGUAGUCUGUUUCCAGAUGUUUUUAAGUUAUGCUUUUAGCCAAUGAUUAAUUUUUCUAUAUUUAGUAUUGUUAAUUACUAUUUUGUUGACACACAAUGAAGAUUUGAUUAUUUUGCUGAUAUAAUAAAUGGGCUUGUGUGGUAGUACUGCCGUGGUACCAUUCUGACUUGUUAUGGUAAUUCUGUGGAAAUUUGUGAAAAUACAUUAAACCCUAAAAUUUUUGCUAAGUCAAUGCAAGAUAAAUUGCUGGUAAAAAUAUUUUUGUCCGUGGUAGUGUGAAAUAUUUUACCUGUACCUUACAGAUAUUUUUGCAGAGUCAAAUCUGGAUACCUUGCUGCUAUGUGGAAUUCUGAUACAGGUUGUGCGACAGAGAUCUUCAUCUUCACCCUGUGUGGAUUAGCAACAGUUACCUGCAUUCUUGUGUCAAAGCCAGAACUUUGUGGCUAAUCAAAAACAUUGAUUUAAACAUAAAAAGGUACACUAAAAUACUACCACUUGUGGACAAGUGGUUGGGCAAGUCAGAGUUAAUCUUCUUUGGGAGAUGUACUUUACCAUUAGCAUGGAAGAUCAACUUUUUUGGGUCCUCCCAGACAGUUGAUUUGUGAGACCCUUAAUCUGCUAGCGAGGCAGGUCAGGCCAGCCUGUGAGCUGCUGAGCCUGUGCAGGUCCCCGUGUAGUUGCUUGUGCUGUUUAUGCUUCAGGCAGACCCCGCGGACUCUGGGGGUUAAAAGGAAACGUCAGCCUGAACUCGGAAUUUGGAUCCUUUCAGUAAACUAAGAUGUUGUUCUCUGUGUCAGCUAAUGUAUGGUACUUGCUGGUACACUGAAUUCUAAUAGGCGUCAAACGGGACCGAGUUUUGUUGUAAUUUUUUAAAGAGAUAGUCAUUGGAAUUGAUUCUGUGUGUUAUCAGCGAAGCAUUAAAAUGAUAGAUUAUAGUCUUCAGA